UUCUGUGGGCGCAGGCCCCAGUGCUUGUGGAUGCCUCGGUUGAGCGCUAGUCACGCUAGUACCAAGGCGGCCGUCACGUUUUCCAAGGUGUACGGAAUACUCCACGCCUAGGCAGCCUGUACAAAGUACAUCGUCAUUCCUCGCCUCGUGCUUAGAACCCCCUCAAAAAAACUUUCAAGGCUACGGACUGAUCUCAAGGUUUAGAUAGAAGGCUUCGACGAUCUUCCUUCGGAACAUGCUGAAAACAAGGCGACAACACCAUGAGGGGCAGUAUCCGACAUGACGCCGAAUUCCAGUUAUCCCCGCACGCCCGUUGGUCCAUUGCACUGCCGGUGCCGCACAUGAUGUACCGGUAUAUAGGUGUACUAGAGGUACCAUGUUGAGCCUUCGCUGUCGUGACAUUGAAUGCAUAAAGCCCUUUUUCGAAUUCGUACCAUUGUAAUAAUCAAUCAUGCCUCUGUCCACUGAAGUCGUCCAGAAUCUCAAAAAGUCCGUCGACACAGCCUGCGCGGAUCCCAAGACAUCUAUCCCAGGAACCAGUGUUGUAGUUGUGGGAAAAGAUGGCAAAGAACUCUUCGCGCACGCCGCUGGUAAGAGAGGAGCUGCAAGCAGCGAGAACAUGACGCUUGACAACGUGUUUUGGAUCGCAUCUUGCACUAAGAUGAUCGCUGGCCUUGCUUGCAUGCAGCUCGUUGAGCAAGGAAAGCUGCAUUUGGAUGAUGGAGACGAGAUGGAGACUUUGGUUCCGGAGUUGAAGGAAACCAAAGUGCUGCAGAAGGAUGGUAGUCUGGCAGAGAAGAAAGGGAAGAUUACGCUGAGGAUGCUCCUGUCGCAUACUGCUGGUUUCGGCUAUACCUUCUUUAACGAACAACUGCGCGACUUUUCGUCGCCAGACAGCUUCCAUAACGAAUUCUCGGGCAGUGUUAAAGAUAUCCUCCAACCGCUGACCUUCCAACCGGGAGAGGGAUGGCAAUACGGUGUAAACAUUGAUUUCGCCGGUCUGGCUCUCGAGCGUAAGACUGGCCUGUCUCUGAACGAUUACUGCCUCAAGAAUAUCUUCGAGCCGUUGGGAUUGAAGAACAUCACCAUGUUUCCCACCGAAGACAUGAAGAAGCGGCUAGCGCAUAUGCACCAGCGAAACCACGAUGGCAGUCUGGUUGAGCGCGACCACCUCAUGCUCAAGGUCUUGGGAGCUAAGACUGAUGAGAUAAGCGACAUACUCAACAGUGGAGGCGCAGGUGCUUUCGCGAUACCGUCGGACUAUGCACAAAUCAUCGCGACCUUGCUCAACGACGGCACAUCACCAAAAACUGGCGUUCAGCUGCUGAAGAAAGAGACAGUCGACCUCAUGUUCACGAAUCAGAUCCCACAAUUCCCUGACUUCGGUCGCCAGGGAAUUCCAGCAGCCAAGCCCGAUCUCACAAACCCUAUUUCCGACGUAUAUCCUGUCGAAGGAAAUCCACCCCAGGGAUGGGGCCUGACAUUCAUGUUAUCUAACGGAGGUCCGACUGGCCGGUCCAAGAGUACUGGGUUCUGGGCCGGUCUGCCGAAUUGCUGGUGGUGGUGUGAUAGAGAGAAGGGAGUCGGCGGAAUUGUAUGCUGUCAGAUCCUGCCGUUUGGCGAUCCCAAGGUGCUUGGGUUGUGGUUCGACAUUGAGACGCAGAUCUACAAAGCCCUGGGAGCUUGAUCAGAUGUCAUGUUGGGUGGCUUUGCAGCCAUUGCUUAUGCAAUCGGCCCGUCUAGUUGUGUCGGAUUCGGUCGGAGGGACAUGAUCGUCAGCGUUCUGAUUUCCAAGCUCGCGUCAAGUUGC